AUGGAGUUUGUUCUUGAAAUCAAAGAAAAGGGGUCUCUUUCUCCAUCUCAGCAGCCAUAUUUUAUCUUUCAGCCACCUACACCUUCUUCUUUCAGUGUUGUGCAUACCGGUGGGUUCAAUUUGAACAACAAGGUGAGUUCAAGUAUAUUGCUGAUUAUUAUAAUCCUCACCAUUACUUUCUUUGUCUCGGGUUUGCUUCACCUUCUUGUUAGAUUCCUAUUGAAAUCUCGACAUAGGGAUCCUGAUGAAUUAGACAAUGUGACUGUCCUUCAAGGCCAGUUGCAGCAACUCUUUCGUUUGCAUGAUUCUGGUGUUGAUCAGUCUUUUAUUGACACCAUCCCUGUAUUCAAUUAUAAAGCCAUUAUAGGAGUGAAGGAUCCAUUCGAUUGUGCUGUUUGUUUGUGUGAAUUUGAGGCUGAAGAUAAGCUUAGGCUUCUGCCGAAGUGUAGUCAUGCCUUCCACAUGGAGUAUCCAGUGCCUAACUCUUGUGAAAUUCAAUCGAAGGACGAGGGCAAUCAGCAAAUAGUUGUGGGUUCGGGAGGAAAACUUGUUAGGGUAAAGCUUGGGAAGUUCAAGAAUGUCGAAGGUCGAGGUGAAGGUAGUAGUGAUAGAAGUUCUGAUGCAAGAAGGUGCUUCUCCAUGGGGUCUUUUGCUUAUGUAAUGGAUGAAAAUUUAUCGUUGCAAGUUCCCAUUAGAAACCCUAUGAAGAAUCAAUCGACCAAGAAACCUACUUUGCCAUUGACACCAGGUCAUAGGCAAGCAUUGUCUGAAUGUGGAUGUGAUUCAAGAAGAGAAUUCAUCGGUUCUGAAGCAAUUAGGAUUGCUGAAAUUCAAUGCGGCAAUGAUAGUAGUAUUACUAGUGGCAAUGACAGAAUGGCCAUUGGGAAAAGCAAGAGGGAAAGCUUUUCUCUUUCAAAGAUUUGGCUAAGGGGAAAAGGGGAUAGGCCUAAUGCAGCCACAGUCGAGUCAUCCAGGCGAGCAUUUUCAUUCCGGAUUCCCGGUAACCAGAACAUGAUGGCUACCGACGAGUUGAAGCCCAAGAAUGGCGUUCGUGGUGGAUUUGUUGUUGUGAAUUUCUUUUGUGUUUUGAGUGUUGAAGACAUAAAGUUCCUCUCUCUAAUUGGUUGA